UGUCCCUGCGUUGUCUUUUUAUUGUACUUGCACCUUCUUCUCUUUCCCCUCUCGCUCUCUCUCUCUCUCUCUCUCUCGCAUCGCUCAUCAAUGGCUUCUUCAAGCUCCGGAAACUCAAUUCCUGCUCCAGAGGCAGUCCGGGUUCUAGUUUCGUCUCUGGCUGAUGAAUCUCCCAUGGUCAGAGCAGCUUCCAUGGCUUCUCUCAAGGACAUCGCUCUCCUGAACCCACUUCUAGUUCUUGAUUGUUGCUCUACUGUUUCUCGAGGAGGUCGUCGGCGUUUUGGGAAUAUGGCUGGUGUUUUUCAAGUAAUGGCUGUCGCAAUCCGUGCCUUGGAUAAAGAAGAUGCUGAUCCUCCUGACAUGGCAAAGCUCGCCAAGAUUGCCACUGCUGAGAUGAUCUCCUCCAAGGAACUUAAUGCUGACUGGCAAAGGGCUGCAGCAGGUGUACUUGUUGCAAUAGGCUCACAUCUGCCAGACCUGAUGAUGGAAGAAUUGUUUCUUCAUCUAUCCGGACAAAAUUCAGCUCUUCCAUCUAUGGUUCAAGUGCUUGCAGACUUUGCUUCUGCUGAUGCAUUGCAGUUUGCUCCACGCCUGAAAGGUGUACUUUCACGGAUUCUUCCAAUUCUUGGAAAUGUUAGAGAUGCCCACCGGCCAAUUUUUGCAAAUGCCUUUAAGUGUUGGUGUCAGGCUUGUUGGCAGUAUGGUGUGGAUUUCCCUUUGUCUUCACUUCUUGACAGUGAUGUCAUGUCAUUUUUGAAUUCUGCUUUUGAGCUUUUAUUGAGAGUUUGGGCAACUUCACGGGAUCUAAAGGUACGCCUAUCUACUGUGGAGGCAUUGGGUGAGAUGGUUGGUCUAAUAACUCGAACACAAUUGAAGUUGGCUUUACCAAGACUUGUUCCCACUAUAUUGGAACUGUAUAAGAAAGAUUUUGAUGUUGCCUUUGUGGCAACAUGUAGUCUCCACAAUCUCCUAAAUGCCUCUUUACUGUCUGAAAGUGGUCCUCCUUUGCUUGAUUUUGAGGACCUGACAGUUGUUUUGUCAACACUUCUUCCAGUGGUUUGCAUUAAUAAUGACAGCAAAGAUGUUUCAGAUUUCUCAGUGGGAUUGAAGACCUACAAUGAAGUUCAGCAUUGCUUUAUGACAGUUGGCUUGGUAUACCCUGAGGAUUUGUUCAUGUUCCUCCUGAAUAAAUGCAGGUUGAAGGAAGAAUCUUUGACUUUUGGUGCACUUUGUGUCUUAAAGCAUCUACUGCCAAGGUUGUCUGAAGCUUGGCAUAGUAAAAGGCCUGCACUUGUUGAAGCUGUAAAGUUGUUGCUAGAUGAGCAAAGUUUGGGGGUUCGUAAAGCGCUUUCGGAGUUGAUUAUGGUUAUGGCUUCACAUUGUUAUUUGGUUGGUCCAUCUGGGGAGUUGUUUGUUGAAUUUCUUGUACGCCAUUGUGCUAUAUCAGAUAAGCAGAAAAAUAAUCUCGAAAGCUCGAAGGAAGCCUUUAGGUCAACUGGUGUCUAUUAUGCUUUCCCAUACAGGAGAUAUGAGGGUAAGAUUGGGGCGGUUUGUCUGACAGAAUUACGAGAAAUCUGUGAAAAAGGUCUACUUUUAGUGACCAUUACCAUUCCUGAAAUGGAGCAUAUCCUCUGGCCUUUUUUGCUGAAGAUGAUCAUUCCACAGGCUUACACUGGUGCAGUUGCCACGGUUUGCAGAUGCAUCUCAGAAUUGUGUAGACAUAGAUCUUCUUAUAGUAAUUCAAUGCUUACUGAGUGUAAAGAUCGAGCUGAUAUUCCAAAUCCUGAGGAACUUUUUGCCCGCUUGGUGGUGCUUCUGCAUGAUCCUCUUGCUAGGGAGCAGCAGGCCACUCAUAUUUUGACUGUUCUAUGCUAUCUGGCACCUCUCUUCCCAAAAAAUAUCAACUUGUUUUGGCAAGAUGAGAUUCCAAAAAUGAAAGCCUAUGUGAGUGACACGGAAGACCUAAAGCAGGAUCCUUCAUAUCAAGAAACUUGGGAUGACAUGAUAAUCAAUUUUCUUGCAGAAUCUUUGGAUGUGAUUCAAGAUAAUGAUUGGGUGAUUUCUUUGGGAAAUGCUUUUUCCAAACAAUAUGAACUUUAUAAGCCUGAUGACGAGCAUACUGGGCUACUUCACCGGAGUCUUGGCAUGCUUCUUCAGAAGGUUGAUGACAGGUCGUAUGUUCGUAACAAGAUUGAUUGGAUGUAUGAACAAGCUAAUAUUGCAUUCCCGAGUAAUAGGCUUGGUUUCGCAAAAGCCAUGGGAUUGGUUGCAGCAUCCCAAUUGGAUACUGUUUUGGACAAACUGAAAGACAUUCUUGAUAAUGUUGGGCAAAGUGUCUUUCAGAGAUUUCUGUCUUUUUUCUCUGAUAAAGCUAGGAUGGAUGAUUCUGAUGAUAUACAUGCUGCUUUGGCCCUAAUGUACGGGUAUGCAGCAAGAUAUGCUCCAUCAACUGUUAUUGAAGCUAGAAUAGAUGCUCUUGUGGGUACAAAUAUGCUUUCACGGCUUCUUCAUGUGCGCCAUCCUACAGCAAAGCAGGCUGUUAUUACUGCGAUUGAUUUGCUAGGUUGUGCUGUCAUUAAUGCUGCGGAAAGUGGUAUAACAUUCCCAUUGAAAAGAAGGGACCAAUUGCUUGAUUAUACAUUAACGUUGAUGGGCUGUGAUGAUGAUGAGGGUUUUGCUGAUUCUAGCCUUGAACUUCUGCGCACUCAGGCCCUUGCAUUGAGUGCCUGUACAACUUUGGUUUCUGUAGAGCCCAAACUGACAAUUGAAACAAGAAAUCAUGUUAUGAGGGCGACCUUGGGAUUUUUUGCUUUGCCAAUUGAUCCAGCAGAUGUUGUCAAUCCCCUUAUAGACAAUCUCAUCACACUCUUAUGUGCUAUUCUUCUCACGAGUGGUGAGGAUGGAAGAAGCCGAGCAGAGCAGCUUUUGCAUAUUCUUAGACAGAUUGAUCAAUAUGUUUCGUCGCCUGUGGAGUGUCACAGAAUAAGAGGAUGUCGUGCAGUGCAUGAGAUGCUUCUAAAGUUUCGGACCCUUUGUUCCAGUGGAUAUUGUACACUUGGCUGCCAUGGAAGUUGCACACACAGCAAGCAAUUCGACCACGCUUUGAAUCGCAAUUUUUCCAACUUACCAUCCGUAUAUGUAUUGCCAAGUCGUGAUGCCUUGUGUGUCGGGGAUAGGCUCAUAGUUUAUCUUCCAAGAUGUGCAGAUACAAAUUCUGAAGUUAGAAAACUUUCGGCUCAGAUUCUUGAUCUAUUCUUCAGCAUAUCUCUUUCAUUACCAAGGCCUGUAUCAUCUAGUUCUGGAGUAAAUAUAGAAUUGUCGUAUAAUGCUUUGUCCUCCCUUGAGGAUGUUAUUGCUAUCUUGAGGCGGGAUGCUUCUAUAGAUCCAUCAGAGGUUUUCAACAGGGUUGUUUCCUCUGUUUGUAUUUUAUUGACGAAGGAUGAGCUUGUAACUACACUGCAUGGUUGCUCAGUAGCUAUAUGUGACAAGGUCAAGCAGUCAGCAGAAGGUGCUAUCCAAGCAGUCAUUGAGUUUUUUACCAAACGGGGGAAUGAGCUAAAAGAAACUGAUAUAUCAAGGACAACUCAAUCUUUGAUCUCUGCUACAGUCCAUGUAACUGAGAAAUAUUUACGUCAGGAAACACUUGGUGCUAUUUGUUCCCUGGCCGAGAACACUAGUUCGAAAAUUGUCUUCAAUGAAGUAUUGGCUGCAGCGGGAAGGGAUAUAGUUUCAAAGGAUAUAUCUAGACUACAUGGUGGAUGGCCAAUGCAGGAUGCAUUCUAUGCAUUUUCUCAGCAUACAGUACUUUCAUUCUCGUUCCUGGAGCAUGUAAUAUAUGUCCUUAACCAGAUGCCUAUACUUAAAGGUGAUUUGGAGAAAGGAGACAGUUCUAAUCAUAACACUAAUGGUCACAUAGACAAAGACAUCCUGCAGGCUGCUAUUUUUGCUCUCACUGCCUUCUUCAGAGGUGGUGGUAAAGUAGGAAAAAAGGCUGUUGAACAAAGUUAUUCUUCUGUUUUAGCAGAACUUUUACUCCAGCUGGGAAGCUGUCAUGGUUUAGCUAGUUCUGGUCAACAAGAACCAUUACGGGCCCUUCUAAUUGCAUUUCAAGCAUUCUGUGAAUGUGUUGGUGAUCUUGAAAUGGGAAAGAUUUUGGCUAGAGACAGAGGGCAAAAUGAAAACGAGAAGUGGAUCAAUCUUAUUGGAGAUUUAGCCGGGUGUAUUUCUAUAAAAAGACCAAAAGAGGUUCCAGCCAUAUGUUUAAUUUUAAGUAAAUCCUUAAACCGACCCCAAAGUUUUCAAAGGGAAGCUGCAGCUGCAGCAGUGUCUGAGUUUGUCCGCUACAGUGAUGGUUUUGGUUCCUUGUUGGAACAGAUGGUUGAAGCAUUCUGCCGGCAUGUAUCUGAUGAUUCUCCUACUGUUAGACGACUAUGUCUAAGGGGACUUGUUCAGAUACCAUCCAUCCAUAUACUCCGGUACACUCCUGAAGUUCUUGGAGUGAUAUUAGCUUUGCUUGAUGAUUCAGAUGAAUCAGUUCAAUUGACUGCUGUGUCAUGCUUGCUAAUGGUUCUUGAGUCAUCACCCAAUGAUGCUGUUGAACCCAUUUUACUUAACCUUUCAGUCCGGCUUCGGAAUCUUCAAAUAUGCAUGAACACGAAGAUACGAGCCAAUGCCUAUGCAGCAUUUGGAGCUCUAAGCAACUAUGGAGCAGUUGGGCCGCAACGUGAGGCUUUUCUUGAGCAGGUACAUGCUGCCCUGCCACGCUUGGUUUUGCAUCUUCAAGAUGAUGAUCUCAGUGUCCGGCAGGCUUGCCGGAACACCUUCAAAAAGAUUGCCCCAAUAAUGGAAUUGGAAGGACUGUUUACCCUCUCCAACACACAUUGUUUUAACUCAGACCACCGAAGUGACUAUGAAGACUUUGUCAGAGAUCUAACAAGGCAGUUAAUUCAACAUCUAGCUUCCAGGAUUGAUACUUACAUGGCAUCAAUUAUACAGGCAUAUGAUGCUCCUUGGACGGUUAUUCAAGCGAAUGCCAUUUACUUCUCAAGCUGCAUGAUUUGUCUCUCAGAUGAUCAACGCAUCUCAGCUCUAUAUUUUUCUCAGAUGUUUAUUUUGUUGGUGGGCAAAAUGAGUCGGUCUGCUGAUGCAAUCGUUAGAGCAACUUGCUCCUCAGCACUAGGCUUGCUCCUCAAAUCCACCCUUUCACUCUCAUGGAGAACUGCUCGGCUUGACUGAGUGGACUCGAUUAGGAGGUGCCAUGAUGCAGAAUCUAAUAAGUAGUGAUUUUUGAACUCAAGGAUGAAAAUGCCAUUUCACUGGAAGGUUUGGGCAAUGACUCUCCGUGAUGAAAUGUAUAGCAAGAGCUUGAUCUGGUUGCGUUGUUAUGUGAAAGGGAAAAUAAACUCCUUAAAUUACAAGAUAUGAAGCGAGUCGACAGAGUAAAAUGGGUUGGGAAGCUCUGUAACUGUGUUGUUUGUAUAAUGUACAGUUGCCGAUGAAUAUCACUAUAUAGUGGAUUGGGGCUGUAGUCAUUUGUAUAUUAGUUAGAGUUAAUUGUUGAGGCUUGCUUUGUAAAUUUAUGUCUUAUGUCAUUUGUAGUUUUACAUAAAAGACCUCGUACGGAAUUUGUGGUGGUGUAUGUUGUAAACUAAAGUUUCGAUAAGGGAUGCGCAGCUUCCUCUGAGUGGACGAGCGUCGAUAGUUCGAAAGUUAAUGAAAUAAAUUUUAUUUUGAGUUGCACUAA